CUACUGUGUGAUAUACUUCACUUUCUCUCUACUCAUAAUGUCCAUGGGGUUGGUAUCAGCUAAAUUCCCUGACACAGCACUGAUGUCUAUGUUUGUUGCUGGCCUGGGAGCAUGGCAAGCUAUGGUAGUGAUGUCUAUAUUUGCCUCUUUUCACUUGGGUAUAGUUCACUACCUUCCCACACCUGAGUACACAAUCUUCUCCAUGAUGGCAACAUCCCUCCCAUUUACUUUGUAUUGGGGGUUGAGUGUCCAAGACCCUUCGAUUCCAUACAAGAUGGGACGGGUGGUGAUCUGGACCAUUACCUUGCCUUACCAUGUUGUGGUCUGGAUUGAAUCAUUAGGAUGCAAAGCUGGUAUAUGGAUUCAAGCAAAAUGGGAAAAUGCUCGUGUGCGAGUUGGUGGAACAUUACCAGGAUUUUCCUCGGUGCCACCGCAGCCAAAUGCAUAGGUGAUGCAAACAAUCCUUGCUAAGUGAUGAAAAUAGGCCAGGUAAUAUAUUGUUUCGUUGUC